AAUGAUAGAUUGAAUGAGAUAAAUGGAGUGAUAUUUGUGCAAAAUGUCAAUAAUUGUUUUGUUUGCUAUAUUUUGCACAUUUUUUUAAGAAAUUUCACCGUAAAGCAGAAAAUACCUAAUUUAAAUAGCUUCAGGUGACGCCAGAAACUCAUAUUCAUGGAAAAUCUGUACUUCUAAAUUGAUUUUUUGUGAAAAUGCAGAGGAAAGCAUGUUUCCCCGUGGCAAAUUGCAGUAUCAAAAUGCCGGAUAGCAUAAGUAUGCCUGUCCCGGAGAAUAUGCUAUGCGAAGAUGAAAGUGAACAGCAGCAACGGCGACAGCAGCUGAUAAACUUCGGCCACUCACAGUGGGGCUUCAAUAAUUGGAGUUGGACAGUGACCAAGCAGGAACUUGAUUUUGUUGACUUUACAAAUGGAAAGUAUUGUGCGGGCGUGGUGGCAUUUGUCUCAGUUACGGUGAAAAGUUUUGACAUACACAGAGAGAACAUAGGCUACGCCACAUCUAUUGCCAAUAAUAAAGGAUUUGCAAUUUAUAAAUCUAGAAAGUGUGCUGUAACAAAUGCCCUGCGAGAGACGCUGCUCAGUUUCGGCGGAAGCGUCGCCACCGAACUAAUGGAGAUUUUGGAGAUCAACAAGAAUGACAUAAACGGCGUCGCCGCCGCCCCGCCGUCCGAGCCGCUGCCCGAGAACAACCAGAACCUGCCCAACAAGCCCACCGAGCCCAAGAACUCCCCGCUCAACAAGAACGCGAGGAAGGACUCGUCGGACAGCUGCGGCUCGACCGCCACCAACAUGCGCUCGCCGCACCCCGCCGUGCCCGCGAUCAAGAACGCGGCGGCCGGCGCGCCGCCCGUGGCCAAGGCGCACCCCAUGCCCGCCGGCCUGCCGCCGGGCCGCGCGCCGCCGCCGCCGACACGCGCGCCGGUCGCGCCGGCCGCGCCGGUCGCGCCGGCCGCGCCGCCGCCGCCCGGCCCGCCGCCCGCGCAGCCGCCCGCGCCGCCGCGCGCCGCCAACCCCAACGUAAGUUUCGUGCUGCCCAUGAUGGGCGGCGUGGUGCCGCCGCUGUACGCGCCGCCGCCGCGCCUCGCGCCGCCGCACGUGGCGCCGCCGCACCUCUUCCCGAACACCUACUACGAGUACUCGGCCGGCCCGUGGCACUUCACGUACGAGAGCUACGACCGCCACCACGGUAACGUAAACUUGAACUUCAACAUUCCGCCGAAGAACCUGGUGGUGAACAGCCGCUCGGGCUCGGUCGAGUGCAAGAACGCGUGCGGGGUGCGGCAGGGCCAGGCCGGGCCCGAGGGCGAGCCCGUGCAGUACGCGCCGCCGCCGCAGAACCAGGGCUGCUGGAUCAAGCCGACGAUCUUCUACGAUGGGUUCUGGACCGAGCAGAAGGUGAAGAAGUGGGUCGCGGAGCAGGUGGAGAAGCAGUUCCCGGAGGACGCGUCGCUCAAGUCCUCGUCGCCAAGCAACAACGGGCAACCCGAGCCGCCCACCUCCAAGUCUUAAGUGUUUAUACCGCGAGAUCGACGAUGUCUGUAGACCUGCCAAACUUAACAGAUAAUUAAAUAAUUUUAUAUAUAUACUAGCUGACCCCGUAAACGUUGUUUUACCACUUAUUGCGAAAUAUAAAAAUCGCAAUUAAAAUACAGGGGUUGAUCGUAAAACGAUGAAAAUUUAAAGUUGUAUGUAUUUUCAAUGCUAAAUUAUAAUAAAAUAAAAAAAAUAAUUGUCAAAAAAUUUAAAAAAAUAUUUUGGGGUGGGUCACCCUUAUCAUUGAGGGGUAUAAAAAAUAGAUGUUGGCCGAUUCUCAGACCUACCCAAUAUGCACACAAAAUUUCAUAAAAAUCGGUAAAGCCGUUUCGGAGGAGUUUGGUAACAAACACCGUGACACGAGAAUUUUAUAUAUUAGAUAAAAAUGGUUGUGUAACAGGCAAGAAUGUUAAUCGUCUAAAAAGAUUCUUUAAAAAAACAUUGGUUUGGUGAACAUGAUUUUGGAAAUUAAAAGCAAAAUAAGAAAUAGUUUGCAAAUUAAUGAUAAGUACAAUUUAUGCAAUGAUUAUUGUUUUGGAGUUUUAUUGCUGAGCGUCUUCGCUCUGGAAUAUUAAAAAAUAUUUAAUUAUUUUUGUUGAAAUAUACAGACAUUGUCGGUCUAUGGUACGAACACUAUACAUACACACCCCCUUAUUCAUAAAAAAAUUAAAACACCAUAUAAACCUAUUUUAAAGCUGUUAAAUGUUUUGUCUUUUUCAUUUGUGCUAAAUCCUUAAUUUGAAACAAAUGUGUGUCACAUUAGCAGUUAAAAAGGUUUUGUAAGUGGGUUUUAGUUUUUUAUGAAUAGGGCGUUAAAUCUACAGGUACCUUUUCUCAUGCUGAUUUUAAGUAAAGCUCUCGUUUACACGUUUUAUGGUUUUUAUACCACAUUGUCGUAUAGUUGUAUAGAUUAUAGACUAGUUUACUUCCGGUUGCUAGUUAGUUUUAGGUAAUAUUAGGUGUGUUGGAGGUGUAAGUUGUAUCUCAGAAAUGGUACACUAUUUUUUAAAGAAUUUUUCCAUGUUAUAUUGAAAUGUUAGUGCUAGAUUGAUGUUGGACGGAGAAUCGCUUAUGACCUUUAGGCCAUAAACGAUAGUGAAUUAUGUUUUUAGAACAGAAAUUGCUAGACAGUAUACGCAUCUGUGCUCACCGCAGUUAUAUUAAUAUUUAAAUUUUCGCGCUGCGUGUUUUAUGGUUUCUAAGAGAUGGGAAUUAAAGCCAUCAUUUAGCUAAACUAUGAUUUUUUGGGAUUUUUAUAUCUUCCUAUUAAUCCACUGUGUGGAACAGUGGAUUAAUAGAAAUUGAUUUUAAGAAAUUGAUACCAUUUAUUAUAAACGAUGCAGGAUUACACAGUUACGUUUCUAUUACAAGGCAGAGCAAGGAAGGGAAUCAAAGACAACAACAAAAGAUACUUUUUUUUUCUUCUUUUGGCUUUGGCUUUACAGAUACUUGCACAUUAAAAUACUCUGACAAAUGUUGCCAUGUUAGAUACAGUGUUGCCACCACUGAAAAAAUUAUAGUCCAACAUGGUUAACUGGUUUAACUGGAGUUAUUUAAGUUUAUAUAAAUGAUCAUAUAAAUUCCCAUCUCUUACAAACCAUAAAUCGCGUUAACAGAUGACAGUUUUAAAUAGUAUUUUUAAAUAAAUCCAAUGCACAUAUUUGAUAUUUACUAUAAUGCAACAUUUCUAUACGAAAUAUUUCUUAUUGUACCGAAUUAGUCAGGAAUCGAUUGGAUCUUAAAUCUGUUACAUUGAAUAAAUUUUUAUCUAGAAUCUAGAUAGAAUUCAUUACGAAUUUUUCAUGCGUAAUUUUUAUUACCGCAUCGAUUUUACGACCACGUAUUGAAUAUUAUUUACGCGUAGUUUUUCCCGCCUUAAAUAGAUUUGUAGUUUUGGAAACUGUCGACAAUUCGUCUCCACAGGUUCACCUCUAUUCCAUUCGUGUUUUCCCGCUAAACUGUUGUGCUGGCACGGUUGUGUUACGGUUUUAACCAUUUGGAUAUAACAGUGAAAUUACAAAGUACAGAGACGUAACAUGACGUAAUACGUUAGUUCACAGGAAAGCCAGUAGCGUAUUAUUCGAACUGUACUGUUCAAGUAUCGUAUAUAGGCGACGGUUACCACUUUCCAUCAGGUGGGCCGACUGCUCGUUUGCCAUUCAAAGUUGUAUAAAGUUUAGCUGCUAAAUUGCCACUCAACUAAAUUACUAAACGGUAUGAAAUAAACAAGUUGUUUAUUGAACGGGUUGUCGGUACAUUUUAAAUAUCCAAAUAUGACAUUUAAGACAAAAAUAUAUCAUGAAAUGAAAUGAUCAAUUAAUUGAAACGGAAAUGUUGGUUUAAGCAAUAAAUAUUAGUCAGUGUUUACCAAAGUAAAUGUUAUAUUUGUAAGCAAUUAAAAAAAAAUUGUUUUUUUUUUAUUUACUUAUACAAUUUAUUAAGUCCCUUUUAAAGAAACUAAGUGUGUGCUGUGCACGUAGAAAUAAGAAGGGCUUCGAGUUUUUAAACAACAAAUAAAAAUUUGUUAAUUAAAUAUAUAUAUAUAUAUAUAUAUAUAUAAACGCUAUCUAGCUUCACAAGUUUGUGUAACUUGUAAGUAACAUAUAGACCGUGUGCUAUUUGAAAAAGGAGUCAAUUCUAUUCUCUCUGCUUACCCCGCAAAAAACUCGGUAUGAAUCUCUAAUCUCCAUGCGUUAGACUAAAGCAUGCAUUUAUACAGCUGUGGUGAACACUGUGCUAAUUACAAAGUUGGAUAUAUCUCCUAAGUUUUUCGACUAUUUUCUAGUGUUUAUUAUAUUUUUUUAAAUACUAUAUAGGCAUAGGAAUUGGGUAAAUGUGUCUUCAUCUUUAAAUGUGGAAUUGCGAACUGUACAUAGGUAUAUAUGUAGUUUAAAAAUAAGAAGUAUUGUGUGAACUUAUGCGGUACCUAUGUUUUUUUUUUAUUGUAAUAAAUUGUUUGGAAUUGCAAA